AACAAGGAGGCUCUGGGAAGUAUCGGUUAACCCUAGGGUAGGCACAGGUAGUGCCAGUGGGAGCGGAAAGAUGUCGAUGGAAGAUCCGUUCUUCGUUGUGAGAGGGGAAGUACAAAAAGCGGUGAACACUGCCCAGGGCCUGUUUCAGCGAUGGACAGAUCUUUUGCAGGAUCCUUCUAUUUCUACACGAGAAGAACUGGACUGGACAACCAAUGAAUUGCGCAACAACCUUAGGAGUAUCGAAUGGGAUCUGGAAGACCUGGAUGAAACAAUUAGUAUUGUGGAGUCCAAUCCACGAAAGUUUAGUCUGGAUCCAGCUGAACUGAGACAAAGGAAAGCCUUCAUCAGUGAAACUCGUCAGUGUGUCAAGGACAUGAAGGAUAGGAUGACAAGCCCUUCUGUUCAAGCACUGACUGAGAAAAAGAACAGACAGGCCCUUUUAGGGGAGGGAACAAAGCAUGGCUGGAAUCUUGAAACAGAAAAAUACAAAGCUUUGGACCAAGAACUCGAGAAUGCAAACUCCCAGUUUUUAGAUGGUCAGGUUGGGCAGCAGCAGCUGAUUAUGGAGCAGCAAGAUGAGCAGCUGGAGCUUGUGUCAGGCAGCAUUGGUGUCCUUAAGAACAUGUCCCAGCGUAUUGGCAGUGAGUUGGAUGAACAAGCCGUAAUGUUGGAUGACUUUUCCCAUGAACUGGAUACUGCUCAGUCCCGCAUGGAUAAUGUUCUUAAGAAAUUAGCAAAGGUAUCUCACAUGACUAGUGAUCGACGCCAGUGGUGCGCCAUCAUUAUCCUGCUUUCUCUACUGUUGGUAGUGCUGAUCUUGUUCUUUGCCCUGUGACUUACAAGGUUGUUGUUGAUAUGGGACAUCGUACGAUGGAGUUAAGUUACACAGGACGUUUUUAAAGUGGAAGUGACGAUACGUUGACAAGGGACAUCUGUGAUGUCAGUGUAGAUAAUUUGCUACACAGUGUGCUUUUCACACUUAAACAGAGUGUUACUGUUAACCUUCUGCCUUGUUAUCAAAGGCAGUUAUUUACUGGAUUACUGCUGCAGUGUUUUCUUUGUCACUAUUUGCAUCAUACUCCAAAGAGAAGUGACACCCUGAGCUUGUACUUUCACCAGAAGAGCAAGAGACUGGCUACAUAGUUAUAUACAAAUAUACAUUGAAAAGUAGUAUUUGGCAAAGGUUGUGCUAUACUACAUGUGGCAUACUUGGGUAUAUUUGCACUCUGGAAUUACAUUGCAACGUCUGCCUAUAGGAGGAGUUCAUAAUGAAGUGAGAAUACUCGCAAGUUUAAAUGAUGCAGUAAGGAAAGCAAAAUUACCUUGCUUGAUGCAAGGCCAUGUGUGGGCAUUUUAUCUGAAUCAUGUUUCUUAUCCCAACCACUAAUUCUGGGACAGUUUGUGGUUAAAAAAAAAAGACAAGUUUCUACAAGGGUGAGCUUGUAAGUUUUAAAGCUGUGCUCCAUUUUGACAAAACGGGUGACUUCUCAUGCGAUGUAUACUCGCAGAGACAGGUCUGAAACUAUAUUGGAGGUAUUCAUAUUAUCCCCGAUCAGUUUCUUCCAGAUCUAUUAUGAUCCUGGUGAUCGUGCAUGUAGAAUGUAGAAUAAAGAAAAAGGUGGGGGUGUCAUUGUAAGGAGAUUUUUUUUUUUUUUUUUUUUUUUUAAAAAAGCAUCCUUUCUUUGGGUGAAAUCUGUGAUAUAAAUGUUUCUGUGGAAUGCACCUCUGUGAACACUACUGAAUCUGUAUUAUAAUAGAUAUUUUGAGUGGACAGAAUUUUAAAUAUUGCUGCCUUGUACUGCUGUACAUUAUGCGGUUUUCUGUAUAUCUGAACCCAUGCUAUGGAUGUCUUUAUAAUGGAAGCAGUUUUUACUGUUCCUUUGCAAAUGUAUGUUAGCAUUCCAUAAAUAUGGCAUGAACGGGGGGUCUUAGAUUUUGUGCUGCGUCUCAGGGUUUAAUGGGGGAGUACUUGCAUAUAACUGCCACUGCUCUUGAGGUGAGAACAAAUCCAGUUGUUUUGCCAUAUGUAUGGCAUGUACUAUAUGUUUGAUGGGACAGGAUGCUUAUGUGACUAUAAAUGGGUUUGGUCACAGA